AUGGAACACUUGGAGCAUUCCAAGGAUCAUACCCAAUACAGAUUGACAAUAAGAUCUUCAAGGAGAAACAUCUCCCAAAGGUAUUUUAGAUUUGAUUCCAUCGUUGCUUUCUUGCUCUAUUUUUUCUUGGUUUGUGGCACAACACCAUGUAUGAUAUGUGGUUCAGGAGAAAUUGAAGGAGCCUUAUUGAAAUACUUGGGGGUUGAGCGCAAUGAGGUAACAAAGGACGGUUUAUUCUCUGUUGGAGAAAUGGAAUGUAUGGUAAGAUGUUGUGUAAAUGCUCCUAUGAUUGCGAUUCUUGAUUACACCAAUGGAUCUCAAGGAUAUACUUUAAACAAUGCAGAAGAUGUUACUACUCAACGAGUUGUUGAGAUAGUUGAGAUAGUUGCGUGGGAUUUUGCCAAGAGAACUGAUGCCUCAAAGUGUUACUGCAAGGCUUCCAACCUCGAGGAGCUCGAUGCCUAUGCACAUGAGCAAUGGGAGGUGUGA